CAGAUAUUAAAAAUCAUUUCAGCAGUAUAUCAAUUUUCUUUCUAGCUAUCUCUGUAUUGACUUGUCAGAGAGGCGUAAUCUUUUCUCUUUUCUCUUCUUAUUUUUGGUGUUCGUUAAACCAACGUUAGACUCUUUCCCCUCGAACCAUAUCAAGCUUUCUUUCAUUGCACUUUUUUGAAAUAAUUCGUUCAUGCUUACCAGCAAAUAUUACGCCAACCCAUUUAUCGUUAGCUAGCUAUUUAUUAAGCAAACAAUUAUCGCUUUCGUAGCAUCGGAUUAUCUGGUCAAAUAAAUACGGUUGAUAAAACUUCAAAAGGCGGCGCUGUAUGCGCACGGCGAAAGGGUUUGCACAACCACUUGUCCUUUGCGGUUCGCACGCGUCGGGGUAAAGUAAAAAAAAACAACUGGAGAAAAUUUUGAAGUUUUUUUAUGGUAAAAUACGGAAAAUAACCUUUUAAAAAAUAGGUCACGAAGAAAAAUAGUGAAAAAGAAAAAAGACUAGAGAGACGAGUAAAACAAGUAGAAGGUCAGAAGAAGAGGAUAAUGGAGAGGUUCAUAACCCUUAGGCUAUUCAUUAUAGUUAUGUUUGCAACAGUAACGUCAUAUAGGCCUAAAUCGUACGAAUAUAAGAUAAAGCAAAGAAUCUUAAAAAACUACGAUAAAACUACAAGACCAGUUAAAAACGAUAACAGUACUAUUGAAGUUAGCGUUGCCAUUUCAUUGUAUCACAUUCUCGACACGGAUGAAAAGCAGCAGACGUUUACCAGUUUAUUAUCUAUAAGACAACGUUGGUACGACGAAUUACUGGUAUGGGAUUCAUCAAAAUUUGGUAACGUUCAAAGUAUUCACGUACCAUCUGAUGCUAUAUGGACACCAGACUUAGUUAUAUCAAAUUUUGCUGGCGAUAAAUUUAACGAUUACGUGAUUACAAAUGCCAUCGUUUACAACAAUGGCCUAGUUCUUUGGCUUUUUCCGGCUUUGGUUAAGACUUACUGCACGUUAAACGUCAAAUUUUUUCCCUUUGAUACUCAGAAAUGCGAUAUAGUCUUUAUCAGCUGGACCUAUCAUGGAUUCCAGUUGGAUUUAAUCUACAAUUCUACCUUCAAGAAUACGGUUUAUUAUGUCCCAGAUAACCAAGAAUGGAGAGUAGAAGGAAUAACAGCCAGCAGGAAUGAGAAAAAGUAUACCUGCUGUGAAGAGCCGUAUCCGGAUGUCACUUUCACUAUUCAUAUGAGGAGAGGAUCGCUUUUCUACGUAGUCAAUCUGAUUGCCCCUUGCUUCCUAAUUUUUCUUAUAUCCUUCUUGGGUUUCUUCCUUCCUGUUGAAAGUGGUGAAAAAGUAAAUUUGGAGACAACAAUCCUUUUAGCCCUGUGUGUUUUUCUACUGAUGGUUGGCGAGAGUAUGCCGCCUACUCCGGACGCGUUGCCGGUCUUAGGUAUGUUUUUCUGUUCAACUAUGCUUAUGGUUACAAUCGCCCUAGUUAUGGCAGUUAUUGUAACGAAUUUAUACGCAAAGAAGGAUUCUAAAAGGGAGCCACCGAAAUUUAUUUACAAAAUAGCUUUAAGAUUCUACUCGAAUAAUAAAGACGGUUUAGGAUCAUCAAGUCGUAAUCGUCUAGCAAAUAACUUACAACAUAACCACAGUGGCGAAGUUCUUUCAAUUACCGAUAGUGAAAUGAGUAAUCAAGUAGAUAACGAUUGUUACAUAUGUGGACAUAGAUCUUCGGAUCAUCCUGAUUCAGUUAAAAUCGAACAUAGCUCCAUCAUUAUUGAAAGAAAAUGGAAAUUAGUUACAAAAUUUGUAGAUCGUUUGUUCUUUUGGCUCUUCUUUGGCCUAUCAUGCCUGACUCAAACAUAUUUAUUUAGUCAAAUGGUACCAGCUAAAACUGAAAUUCCAGUAAAUGAAUUCACAUAAACUGCUAAGACAAAUUGACAUAAUCAUAAAAACUUUUUACUCUUUCAUCACUGAAUUAAUUAACCCAAUUUAUUUUUGUCAAUCUUAUUAAUUUAUGUUAAAUAGUACUGUAUUAUUACAAUUUUUGGCUGAUAUUAUUAUUAUUAUUUGGAGUUUCCUUUUUCUAAUACAAACAAAAUU